AUGUCGAGUGUGAUUAAUAAUUUUCUGAGGCGCUGCGCCGAGCUAUGCGCUUCUCGGAAGCCGUUUGUUCUUGUCCUUGGCAACGAAGGGGGCGACAUGGAUAGCAUUAUCGGCUCAAUUUAUUUGGCGUUUUAUCUGCAAAACCAUUCUGAUUUGGGUGGUGGAAACUAUGCUCCUGCGUUGAACUUUGAAAAGGAGGAUCUUCCGUUGCGUAGAGAUGUUGUACAGCUGCUAUUGAAGUAUGGAAUAGUAACAGAGUGUUUGCUUUCAGCUAAAGGAACACCGGGCACUGCAGACUUUGUGGAUCUGCAAGCGAUCCAACUGGAUGUUGUUUUAUAUGAUCAUAAUAAGCUUAUUCCCGAACAGAAUUUUUUGAGGAAUAGUGUGGUUGGCGUCAUAGAUCACCAUUUUGAUGAAAAACUCUAUUUGGAUAAGUCCAGCCACUUUCGAAGAAUAGAAACUGUGGGUUCAGCUUGCACUCUUGUGGCCGACCUUUUUCGUGCGGCGGGGCUAACAAUUCCAUGCCCGGAGCUUCUUUUAGCUCCUAUUCUACUGGACACUGUAAACCUUAAUCCCGCUCAAAAAAAAGUUACAGAAAAGGAUAUUGAUCUAUCUCAAUGGCUUCUAAAGCAAGCUUCUGAACCCAUUGAUCUUACGAAUAUGUUUUUGGAGCUCACAGCAUGGAAACACGAUAUACUUGGUCUGACCUUCCCUCAACAUUUUCGCCGAGACUACAAGAUGUUUGAGUGUUCAUUUAAGAGAUAUACGGAGAAAUCCCUGAAAAUAGGGAUUAGCAGUAUUUCAUGUCGAUUUGAUCAGUUGCUUGGUUCACAUGGAAUGCCGGAACUUGCUUCCAGCUGUCUUGAAUUCUUGACCUCAAAAAAUCUGGAUGCAUUUCUUUUGGCUUUUGCCGGAGAAAGGGGAUCAGGAAAUUACUGUCGCCAGUUGGCAUUUAUUGCAAAGGGAACUAUUUGUGAAGCACUGAAAGAGUUUGCGGACCGUUCACCCGAGGGUGUUGUUUUUACCCCUAUAGAUAGCAUGGAGCAGAAUAAAUGGGAACUGAUAUGUUAUGAAUUGAGUGAUCCGUCUGUUUCGCGCAAGCGUCUUGCACCGUCACUUCUGAUGUUUCUUACCUCUUGGCAAAAGCUGUAA